AUGUUGUACCGUCUCGUCGUUAUUUUCUUCUUAGGAUUCCUUAUUCAAUAUAUUUUCCGGACCCUUUUAUUUUUUGGCGUUCAAAAAAGGAUCUACAAUCAUCGGCCGGGGGAGUGUCGAAGAGUCCAGGGACCAGAACAUGGAUCAGAGGAUAUUUCAUUGGUCCGUGAGAAAAAUCUGGCAUUCAUCACAUCUGGAAUAGUCUAUAUUCCGAAGAACUCAUCGGCAAUCAACUGGAAGGGUCAAAUAUUCGUAUACGAUGUGAAGAAGCGCGACUACGAAGCAAUUCCAGUGCCCAUAAAAGGACUCGACAAUUCCGUUGAUUUUCAUCCGCACGGAAUUUCGCAUUUUAUUACAAAAACCGGAAAAAUUCGAUUAUUCGUUGUAGUUCAUUCAAAGAAAUUCGAGCAUUCGGUGAUGCUUCUCGAUUUUGAUGAGAAAUCGGAAAGUUUAACACAUUAUAGGACAAUUAGAGACGAGAAAUUUACGCACUUGACGAAUACCCUUGAAAUUCUCACUGGCUAUCAAUGUGGUUCCCUAGUUUAUUACGACGGAAAAAAUUCUCAUACGGUUUUGGAUAACACAAUCGCCAAUGGAAUCAGUUUGAGCAGCGACGGAAAAACCAUUUUCGUUUCACAUAUCAAUGACGCAAAAAUUGGGGUUUAUUCGUGGAAUGAAAACAAGAAGUCUGUUGAAUUAUUGUCCGAAGCUGAAGCAAUGAGCUUAUGUGAUAAUUUCCAUGUCGAUGAGAAUGGAAAUGUUUGGAGCGGAUGCCAUCCAAUUAUGAAAGACGCUGUUGGACAUCUUGGCGAUACCUCAAAUCCGAAUCUCAUCGCUCCAUCUCAAGUUCUUCGAUUUUCAUUCUCCAAAGACUACAAAUCAUCAAAAAUUGUUGAAGUGUUUGCCGACGAUGGAAAUUUCAUUUCAGCUUCGUCAAUUGCCGUAAAUUUCGACAAUAAUCGGCAAUUGCUUAUUGGAUCAGUCGCAAGACAACUUGUCCACUGCGAUAUUAAGGUCCCAUUAAACUUUUAA